AUGGCACUGAGGCUUGGGAUCGAUAUGAAGCUAUUCGAUGCCAUGGCCAAAGCAAGCAAGUCAGCCGAGGAACCCUUCAACGUACAGGACUAUGAUGCGGCCGUGACCCUUCAUCCGGGCUUGUAUUUACAAGUGACAGAACGCAUAACUCGAUUCCUUGCCGCCAUGGGAGUAGUCCAGGAGAUAGACCGCGAUUCUUAUAUUCAGACGCCACUAGCCGCGGCCUAUGUGUCAAACUCUCUUCUUUCGGCGGCGGUGAUCCAUAGCACGCAUUUCCUCACCGUCCUGUCGAGAUUGCCCGAGUAUUUUCAGGUCAAUGGAUGGAAGAAUCCCGGAGACGGUCUCGAUGGUCCUUUCCAAUUUGCACUAGGAACUGAUGCCCACUACUUUGACAUUUUGGGUACGCACCCUUAUUACGGGCAGGCAUUUAACACGGUAAUGAGCAUGUCAUUUCGCCGACGUGGGAAGGACUGGUUCGAAUUCUUCCCAGUCGAAGAACGGCUGCGAGUUUCAAGGCGCAGUGAUACACUGAUCGUCGAUGUUGGCGGGGGCCAAGGCGAAGAUCUCAAGAAAUUCCAGGAACACUUUCCUGAUUUGCCAGGGAAACUCAUUCUCCAAGAUUUGCCUAGUGUGAUCGAGGGUGUCACUGAUCACCGGGCAUCGAAGUACAAAAAACAACCGGUGCAGAACGCGAAGGUGUACUUCCUACGGACCGUUUUGCAUGACUGGCCAAACAAACAGGCCACCCAGAUUCUGAGAAACAUCGGCGAUGCAAUGAGUCGGGAAUCUGUUUUGCUAAUCAGCGAGACCAUGCUACCGGACUGUGGGGUGCCUUUGCCCUCGGUCGUAUCCGAUAUGCAGAUGAUGGGCUCGUUCGCUUCGUUAGAGCGGACCCAACAGCAAUGGCAGGCACUGCUGGAAGCAGCCGGGUUCCAGCUCGUCCAGGUCUGGCUACCCGACGGGCGUCCAACACCCCAAGCUGAACAGCCCGCUUUACUUGAAGCUCGGGUCUUAGAAUCCACAAUUUAA